CCUUUGGGCUUCGAGUAGCUAAUCCUCCGCCCCUCUCUCUCUCUCUCUCUCUCUCUCUCUCUCUCUCUUUCUCUCUUUCUCUCUCUCGCGUGCCAGAGAGAUAAAAGGGGCAAAGGGAGGGGUGAAAACAAACGUAAGAAGAUAUGAUACUGAGCCCAAGAUUCAGUCCUUUGAGCUUCAGCUUCUUGUCUGGAAGAUAAUGAGCAGAGGCUUCAGUGUCUUCUUCUCAGAAGAAGAAGAUGGUUUCACGUCUCCAAGAGCAAGACCUCCUUCUCCAGAGAUGAAGAUUUGGGUGGUGGGCUAGGCUUAAAAGAGGAUUUUGAUGGGGUGGUUCGCGAGAAGCCCUUUGGUUUUCUGUUUGAGCAUGACCUUUUCUGGGAGGAUGAAGAGAUUGUUACCCUGUUGUCUAAGGAGAAAAAGCAAGCAGAUUUGAGUUACGAUGACGUGAGUUCAGAUGGGUGUUUGAAAAUGGUGAGGAAUGAGGGCGUUAAGUGGAUGUUGAAGGUGGUUUCACACUAUGGGUUCACUGCAAUGACUGCUGUUUUAGCUGUAAACUAUUAUGACAGGUUUAUUACAAGCCUGUGCUUUCAGAGGGAUAAGCCGUGGAUGAGUCAAUUGGCAGCAGUGGCUUGUCUUUCUAUUGCUGCCAAGGUGGAGGAGACGCAAGUGCCUCUUUUAUUAGACCUUCAAGUGGAAGAGUCCAAGUAUGUGUUUGAAGCAAAAACUAUUCAGAGAAUGGAACUCUUGGUGCUUUCUACACUGCACUGGAAAAUGAGUCCUGUCACUCCAAUCUCCUUCUUUGACCACAUUGUACGGAGAUUUGAGUUGAUAACAAAUCUGCAUUGGGAGUUCUUGAGGAGGUGUGAGAGUGUACUUCUCUCAAUAAUCACUGAUUGUAGGCAUGUGUGUUAUCUCCCUUCUGUUAUUGCUGCUGCAACAAUGAAAUAUGUUGUUAGAGAUAUUGAUCCCUGCGAUGCUGUAGAAUACCAGGAUCAACUUAUGAGUGCCCUCAGAACUAGCAAGGAAAGUAUAGAUGACUGCCAUAAACUUGUCAUUGAGAUAAUGAGCGAACACAGCCGUAAGCUUGGCCACAAACGCAAACACGAGCCAAUACCAAGCAGUCCAAGUGGUGUUAUUGAUGCCUAUUUCAGCUCUGACAGCUCAAACGAUUCAUGGGCGGUUGAAUCAUCUGUGUCGUCAUUGCAUGAGCCUUUGAUUAAGAGAAGCAGAGCUCAGAAUCAGCACAUGAGGUUGGCUCCACUAGGCACUUUGUCUGUUGGUGUGGCUCACCGUCCUCAAUGAUAUUGUGGCUCACCGUCCUCAAUGAUAUCUCUUGUUCCAUUAUUUAUCUAAUAUUGGCAACGGUACUACAUAAUCUCCCUUUUGCUAUAUUUCCUAUCAUAAUUCAGUGCAAUUAUGCGGCAAUAUGUUUAACAAUUGACUCUAUCACCUCUUUGAUUGGGAAUGGAGAAUGAGGUUGUUAUUAUUGGAGUUUCUUGCUUGAGUAGGAUCGAUAGACUUAUUCUCAAUAUAAAUAAAUUCAGGACAUCAUUUUUAGGCGUA